GUAUGGUACAUAUUAAAUAAUUCAGCCACACACCGCUGUGUACUGUUUGUUUUGUUCUCUUCUCGGUCACUCACAGACUUGAGUCCCAGUUCGUGCCAAAGUUUCACGCUGAUUUCAUUCACCACCUUAAGUGUCAACAUGUCUACAGAGAAGUGUUUCGCCAAAGGAAGUGCUGCACCCGGUCCAGUGCCCAGCGACCACAUCAGACUUUACAGCAUGAGAUUCUGCCCCUUCGCCCACAGGACCAGAUUAGUGCUGAGUGCCAAAGGGAUCAAGCAUGACACCAUCAACAUUAAUCUGAAAAACAAACCUGAAUGGUUCCUUGAGAAGAAUCCUCUUGGCCUUGUCCCAACACUCGAGACUACCGCUGGCGAGGUGAUAUACGAGUCCCCCAUCACCUGUGACUACCUGGAUGAAGUUUACCCCGAGAAGAAGCUGCUUCCCUCCUCUCCUUUUGGUAAAGCUCAGCAGAGGAUGAUGCUGGAGCAUUUUUCCAAGGUAACACCAUACUUCUACAAGAUUCCAAUGGGGAGAAGGAAUGGUGACGAUGUCUCAGCACUUGAAGCUGAACUUAAAGAGAAGUUUGCCAAAUUAAAUGAGGACCUGGUUAAUAAGAAGACCAAGUUCUUUGCUGGUGACUCCAUCACAAUGAUCGACUACAUGAUGUGGCCGUGGUUCGAGAGGCUGGAGAUCUUUGAACUCAAACACUGCCUUGACGGCACACCUGAGCUGAAGAAGUGGACAGAGCGCAUGUUGGAGGACGCAGCUGUCAAAGCCACCAUGCACAGUUUGGACACGUACAAGGCCUUCUACAAGACUUACAUCGAGGGGAAACCCGACUACGACUAUGGCCUGUAGAAAAGAAGUGAGCAAAUCCCAAAACCUUAAACCGUCCCAUAUGUUAAAUCCUACAUAUUUUUUGUUUAUGGUUAUUUUGGAGUCAUGUCUGUUCUUCUAGAUUUGAUGUACAAGGAAAACAUACUGUAGCAAUGCCAUGAAAUGGGACACAGUAAGAAAGUUUUUAUUGGACAUUUAAAACUUUUUUUGUUAUUUAAAAAAGACAUAUGAACCAUAAUGGGAAUGAGGUACAGUGACGUCAGUAUGACUCAAGGUGUUUUCAAUGAUGCGGCACUUUUUCUAAUAAAAAUUGUAGAAGUAA